GAUCGUUACAUAAUGUCUAAAUAAUGUUGACUUGAAGGUAACGUAAUGCACGAGUCAACCUAUAGAAUAUUCAGCUUAUACAUUCUUCAGAUAAACAACAACAACUCCUGGGAGAAACGAAGAGAGAUCGAGGCAACGUACGACCGUAAUCAUCACAGUGCUCGCGCAUCGCAGCCACACGAGUUAAGAUAAUAACAUAGAGAUGUAUAUUAUUGACCUCUAUAUGUAUAAUAAUCGAACUUGACAAUAAUACACUUUAAUAUAAUACAGCAAGGCUCGAUGUCGUAUACAAUGAAUCUCUUCCAUGCGUAUUAUUAUACACAGCACGUAUCACAUGUACGUUCAGAAUAAUACUAUCAGAGCUAUUUAGCAGAUCGAUAGAUCAGAUUGCAGUUAGAUUCGUCUCGAUGAUAAGCUACAGUAUAUAUAAUUUUCAUGAGGUUAAUUUCUUGAUCUACCCUUACGAGGCUAGCUAGGCCAGCCAUGAUGGGUUUAUCGCACGAAGAAUACUCCUGCCAUUGGGGCUUCGUGGUUUUGGCGGGCAAAUUCUGUCAUUGGGCAAUUAUGACGGGGCUGUUGAAGUCGUUCAGCAUCUUCAUACCACAUCUAGUUGAGCUGAUGGGGACGAGCUAUGCUGUAAUUGGACUGGUGUGUAGUGUAGCUGAUUCACUGGGGUGCCUGGCGGCACCACUAGGGGCUUUCAUCUUGAAGCGAGUGACUGCUCGAAAUUUGGGUGUCUUCGGUGCACUUCUCUGCAGUAGUGGAAUGAUAGGAGCUGCCUUCUGUACCCGGGUCCUUCCUCUUGGUGUGUGCAUGGCCACUCUUGGUUUAGGAAACGUAUUCUUGGUGAUAACCAUAACGACCAAUCUCCACCAACACUUCCCUGCCAAGUUUGAUGUCAUCAACACCAUUUCCCUGAUCGGAUCCCCCACUGGUGCCUUCAUCACCCCGGUGAUCACCGAGAACCUCCUGGAGAUCUACGGGUUGGCCGGUACUAUACUGAUUCUCGGAGGAUUAAGUUUUAACUUGGUCGUCUGUGCCCUCGUUCUCCGGCCACCAAGGAGGAAAAGGAGAUGGAAGGGGGAAAAUGACAUAGAAUACAUGCGCGUCCAGAAGCCUGACACCGACGCUGAUAAAAGUGAAGCCGUGGAAGAUGGCGUGAACAGCGUCCCCGACAUGUCUUCCAAAAGCAACACUGACGAUAUAAAAACCAAACAAAGGACUACAUCCUGGAUCGACUACAUCUUCGACAUCACAAACCUAUCUGUCCUGCGAAGGACCCCGAGUUUCGUUCUCCUCCUGUUGCCAAACCUGUUGAUGAUGGUCGUGUGGAUGGGUUGGACCUUGUUCCUUGUGCCUCACGCCGAAUCACUGGGCAUUAGCCAGUCCAAGGCUGCCUAUCUUGCCAUGCUCGGUGGGUUCGGCGGCAUCACUGGCCUUAUCUGUACAUCCAUCUUCCUCGUCUUCUAUCCUCAAGUCGCUCUGAAGCUACCUGCUGCCACCUCCCUGAUCGGCGCUUUUGUUUUCUUCCUGGACCUUGCAAGCAGCCACUACGUCUUUCAGGCUAUUCAUGCAUUUCUGAUUGGUGUCUUGAUCUACCACACCAGCGUCUACAUCUCAGUCGGGGUCAAGUAUGCCUUGCCGGAUGAGGACUUCACCAUGGGAUUAGGUUUGGCAGUAUUCUUCUAUGCUAUUGGGACCAUCACGGGUGGGAUGGGUUCAGGUCUCAUAUAUGACUUGACUCAGGAUUACAAGUUGGUCUUCGUCGCAUUUGGUUUAGCUGAAAUUCUCAUCUCAAUAUUCUAUAUCGGGUUCGUCGUUGUUCAGAGCUGUCAGCGAAAGAAGAGGGAGGCUUUGAGUCUAAAUGGAUCCAAGCAUUCGGAAUGUAAACUGUAAUGAAUAUUCAAAGAUGAUUUGAAAUUUCCCGAAACGCAUUAUAUGAGAAAGGUUUUUUUAUCAGCAUUUAAUUAACUGUUAUUAAUAUCAAGAAAAUAAUUGCUAUAUAGGCGGAUACAAGAUUGAUCG